AAGUUCUCGUACAAUUCGGUAUUUCUAACUCGAAAUCUAUUGUAUUUCACUAUUAGGUUCAAUGAUUCAUGUAAUCUCCCAAAAUCUGCGACGUAUAAAACCUAGCACCAUCAAUGGCUCUUUGUUCUCAGCACCAUCUUUCAGAACGUCGAAUAGAGAAAAUUCAACAGACCCACAAUCUCUCACGCUCUCUUUCCUCUCAAAUUCAUGUGGGUUUUCCUCAGAAUCAGCUAGUUCAACUUGUAGGAAGCUCAAUAUUGGAAAAAAGGAACAAUCAGAUUCAGUCUUGAUACUUUUGAAGUCCCAUGGGUUGAAAGAGACUGACAUUCGAUAUUUGAUUACUAGCCGUCCAGCGAUUCUUAUGGUUGAUGCUAACAAAACCCUUAAUCACAAUAUUGAGUUACUUGGUUCUUUGGGAUUUUCUGGCACUAAACUUGUGAAAAUUAUCAACAAAUUGCCAAGGAUUCUGGAGACGUCAAAGGCAAAAUUAGUGGUUGAAUUCUUCACCGCUUAUGGUUUCAGUGAAGAACAAAUCACAGAUAUGAUAUUGAGGUGCCCAAAACUAUUUUCCUAUUGGCCAACUGUGCUCAAGGCAACCUUAGAGAACCGAUUAAUUUCUGGUACCGUGGUCCUUAAGCGUAUCGUUCUCAUAGAUGAGAAUGUAUUGAAAGCCAUCAGAGCAGACAUCUGUAUAAUCAGAGGUGAUCUGAAGAAUAUGUUGGAACCCAAUUUUCGGACUUUGAUUAGCCUUGGGGUACCCAAGGCCAACAUUCUGAAGUCGAUCUUGUUUCGACCCAGAUGGCUGUUACGAAGACCUGAGCAAUUUAGCAAGAUAGUUCAGGAAGUUACAAUCUUAGGUUUUGAUCCUAAAAAGAUGAAAUUUGUUCUAGCCCUCCAUUCACUGUCAUCCUUGAGUAGAUCAAAAUGUGAAGAGAAAAUAAAAGUUUUUAGCAGUUUUGGUUUGUCUAGAGAUGAGUUCUUUUUAGCAUUUGAAUUGCAAUCUAUUUGUAUGCUCACUUCAGCCAAAAAGUUUAGGAAAAUUAUGAGUUUCUUUGUGCAAAAACUGAAUUUUCAGCCUUCAUCGAUCUUCAGGCAUCCAAACCUUUUUCUGCUUAGUUUGGAGAAGAGGAUUAUUCCAGGGUGCUCGGUCUUGCAACUUCUGAUGUCCAAAGAUCUGUUUGAGUGGAAUAACAGCUUAAUGAGGGUAUUUUUAAUGACAGAGAAGAUUUUCUUGGAGAAUUUUGUUACCAAAUAUCAGCACUUGGUUCCUGAAGUUGUUAAGGGACACGAAUGCAAGAGAGAGUUUCAAGGGUUUAACCUAAAUCAGCCGGUCAAGUUGUUUCAGAAAAUGCCUACUGCUUGUAUAAUGUCAUGUCCAAGGUCAAAUGAUCCUUAGCUUUAGGUUGAAUUGGGGCAAUUAAAAUGGAGCAGGGAGUUAUAAGGCCAGCUUGUCUCUGGUAUCUAUUUUUGCAGGAGGACACAGAGGACACAAGGGGAUGGUCAUGAGAAUAUUGCAGUGGAUGUAGACUAGUUUAACUUGAGCUGAACACCACUAGCAGAAAACUUUGCGCAUUCUUUUUUGGUGGAGUGGAGCACCAGCACAAGCUAACCACAAUUAAGGAGAGAAUUGCUUGGCAUCUGGUAAGCCCAUUGGAUAGUUAACAUCAACAAACUGACCAUUUCGUCUGCUGAAGGGAUUUUAAGUAUGUUCUAUGUCUUUAACUCUUAAGCCUUAUGAUUGGGUGUUUAUUUAAAAUUAUGCAAGCAUUCUCUAAUCUUUGAAGAUGAUACUUAAAAAAGGGUUGUCUGCAGAUCAUGCUCUGCUACCUUGUGUGAAUUGCUUAAUUUUUGGACCUCAAAUGGAUAUCAGUUUUGUCUGCUGUUAUUUUUGGAUACUGAAAUAUUAAUCAUGUAGUUUUUUAGUUGUCUGGUUA